GUCUCUCAACUUUGAUUUUAUCCACGAUGAAUUAAUCAUAUCCGGGAAUUGAUGACGUCACAACUAUCAACAACAUGGAGCUGUUGCAGUCUACUGUGCAACGCGUGUUGGCUGCUUGGCCAGCCUUGAAGAUGGCCGUAGAGCAGGGAUUUGGAGGAGAGUCUAGUAGAGAGAAAGGAGAGUGGCUGGCUGGAGCUAUGGCUCAAGUGCUCGUUGACAACAGAGACUUGGAUGUUGAUGAAGUGGAAUCGUACUUGGUUGAUAUUAUGUAUGAGGAAUUCCAUGCUGUGGUCGACGAUGGAAGCUUGCAGCAGGUAUCAAGACAGUUGCAUACCGUUUACCAGCUGUGGUGCAACCAAUCAUCAUUAGAGCUAGUACAAUGGCUACAAGACAACUGCCAACCACUAGGGGUGGUGGGACAAGAAGUGGCUCAGGAGGAGUCAAUGGAUGACAUCACACAAGGAGAAGAGAAGCAAUAUGAUAGAAUAACAGAGAUGGAAGGGGAACCAUCUAGACAGCAGGAAAACGGAAUUAUUUCAAGUUGUAGUGUAGCAGAGUCACGUGAUGAGAUGCAUAUGGAUGUUGAGGAUGGUGGUGAAGAAUGGCAGGUUGUAAAACGAACUCGAAGGAAAUGAAACUUAAGGUUUCGCAAAUCUUUUUCUGUGAUAAUUUUAUGGGAGAUUCUUCCGGUUUGUUAUGUUUAGUCGUUUUUUAUUUGAGUAUUGAACUGCCGUGAUUUGUGCUGAUUGAAGAAGAAAGAUAUAAAUACAUUAGACAAUAAGUUAA